AUGUUAAAAAAAGUAAUAAGGUUUCUUUACUCUUAAAAAAUUGAUUUACAUUCUGAUAUUCUAAGUUUAAAAGAAAUAUAGUCUGCCAUUAAAUCUGUGGUAGAAACUCAUGAAGAAAAGUUCAUUUAAUAAAUUAAAGUAGGAUAAUAUAAUCCUUAAUUGUGGUUGAAAAUUAAAAGACAUUAUAUUGAACCAAAUGAUGCAAUUAGAAUAAUAAAAAUUUUAGGAGAAUAAGAGUAAUCUUAAAAAAAUGAAUUACUAAAUAAAACACAAACAACUUAAGAAUUAAUAAAGAAUGACAUUUAUAAUUAUUUUAUCAAAUAUUUUUCAAAGAAGUAUGAAAAGUUGUCAUUUACAUAAAUUGCAAUAAUAUUAGAAUAAUAUGCAUAUGUAAAAAGAUUUGAUUAAGAAUUUUUUCGAAUAAUGGAAAAUGAAAUAUAUGACAGAUUAUCAGAUAAAAAUGAAAUAAUAAAAUAUUAAGAUGUAGAAAAAAUAUUAUGGGCAUAUUAGUAUUGUCAUUAUGGUUCAGCUAUACUUUAUGGUUAAUUAGCAUAAAUAAUUAAGAUUGCUUAACAUGAAAUAAAUCCUAUGAAACUUGCUUAUUAUUCAUAUUUAUAUUCUAAAUGUCCAGAUAAUCAAAGAGGAGGAUUUGGAAUAUACGCUGUUACAGAAAAGUAAGUUUAAUAAAGAAUAAGAGAUUAUAAUUUUUCAGAUUUCAUUAAAUUAGCAUAAUACAUAUUUGUUCCAAAUAUUUGUUCGAAUGCAUUUUAAUUAGUAAUUGAAGAACAGUUAGCUUUGUAAUUUCCAUCGAAUAAAAAUCUAUUGCCUCAUGACUUAGUAAAAUUAUGUAAGGCAACUAUGAAUUAUUAUUUUAAGUAUAAUGAUAAGUCUCUUUAACAUAAAAUAGAGGUAUUAUUUAUAUAUUAUUAAAGGGAGCUUGUAUUGAAUUAAUUGAUAAAGUUAAUGAUAAAUAGUUUUGUAUUAUUUUCUGGAGUUAUUUAAAAUCAAGAAAAGGAAAUGCUGAAUUGUAUAAAAAGUUUUCAGAAUAAUUAAUUCUUAGAUAAAAUUUGUUAUCUUUAAGAUAGUUGACUCUUUUAUAUUUAAAUGCCUCAAACAAUUCUGAAACUUUUGAUUUAACUAAAUAAUUAAAUUAAAUUAUAAUUAAGAAAAUUAAUGAAUAGUAAUAAUAAUAGAUAAAACCAACAUAUUUAGCAUAUAUUACAAUUGCAUCAAUGUAAUCAAAACUUGAAAUUCCUAUCAAAUUAACAUAAGAUCAUUUAAAAAUGAUUUCAACUCCUCUAAAAGUAGCAAUUUUAUAAACACUUUAAAUGUCAUUACCUCAUUUAGAAUAAAUUAAAUUAUCUAUCCUUCUUAUAUAAAAUCUUUAGGAAAUUGAAUUACCAUAUGAAGAUUAAGUCAUUUUACAUUAUUGUAAAAAAUACUUUUAUAAAUUUUGUACAUAAUCUUAAAUUAAUAUAAAGUAAACAAUUCAUAAAUCAUUGUUUCAUUAAGCAUUUUAUCUUGAUCCAUAAAAUGAACAUCUUCACAAUCAAUUAAUAGUUUUAAAUUAAUAAUAUAAAGAUGAAAUGAGAUUCUUUUUUAAAUAAGAUAAUUGGGUUGUUAUAUCUUGGUGUUUAUUACAAGAACAUUUAUUAAAUAAAGAAAGAACAAUAAGAAAAGAACUAAUACAAGAAGCAAGUUAUGGUAUCAAAGAAUUAGAUAUUAAUACAAUAUUUCAUAUUGAAAAAUAUGUAUAAAGUUUAUGGAUGGUUAUUUUAAUUGAAAAACUUAGUAUUGAGGUGGGGAUAUAAAAAGUUUCAGAAUUCAUUAAAGUUUCUCAUUAUGCUUAGACAAGUGUGCUAUUGAACAAUUUUACAGAUACUUAAUUGUUAGAAUUAAAAGAUGUACUGAAAUUAUCUUUGGAAUAAUAAUGCUAAGAAAUUGACUUAAAGUAAGAAUUUAACUAAUCUUAUAUCAAUAUGUUUGAUUAAAGUAUUGGAAUGAUGUUACAUGUAACUCAUUUAAUUAAAACUAAAACUUAAGAUCUUAAAUUUGGGUUGAUAGUUCUUGACUCAAGUGAUUUUGAAAUUAAAUUGGAUUAGGAAAUUUAAAUUAAAAUAGGAGAACAAGACUUUAAUUUACUUAAAAAUUUGAGAAAGGAAAGAUAAAUAUAAAAACUAAUCUAUGAAUAACUCUUCGACUGGAAUUUAGAAUAUAUUUAUAUUGAUGAAUUCUAAAAAUACACCAAAGAAAAAUAGGUAGAAUAUUUUAAAAAUGUUUUUGCUUUGAAUCCUCUUGAUGAGACAGAUGUAGAAAAAAGACAAGAAAAAAGAGCAAAGAAGGGAUUAAAUUUUUAGGAUAGAUUAAAUUCAUUAAAAUAAUAAAAAAAUAAAAAUAGAUAUUUAUAGGCAGAAACUAAUGAUUUAAUAGAAAAUGAUCUUAAUUUUGAAUAGUGA